AUUACAGAAGAAAGACCUCCCAUCUUUGAUCCAUUCUCUUCAAGCUCUCUGCCUUAUCCAAUUCUGCUAAUCCUAACUCUCACAUCCAUCUUUUUUGCUUGGAAUCUGGUGGAGGAGCAAAUGAGUAGGGAACUUUUUGCCACGCCGGUAGCGUUAAUCUUCUUGGCACGAUGGCUGUCUUCUGUGGAUCUUUCCGGUAUGCUGUUUGGUUCGUCGACCUACGAACGUAUCCGGCGGACGCAUCAGCGUUCUUCCGAAGGUACGUCGCCGUGGGCGGUGGCUGGUUUCAUUGUAUUUCUGUUAGUCUUGCUGCAGUACCGGCCAAUUUUUCGUGAGAGCUGGCUGGUAUGAGCUUUAUAUGUAGUAGUAGUAGAGUUUGUGUUGGAAUCU